GGCGAUACCUCCGCUUUGAUACUCCACCUACGAUGGACAGCGCGCAAUCUGCCGUCUUUGUCUCUUCUCCAGAUGGGCAGCUGUUGGCGGCUGCCUCAGAUGGGCGGGAGAUAAUCAUUUGGAGACUGUCAGAUGGGCUAUCAGUCCAGCGACUAGGGUAUGAAGGCCAUGUAGGAUCCAUCACUGCAAUUGCUUUCUCGCCAAAUGGCAGCAAUCUCGUCUCUGGAUCUACCGAUGCGACCGCAAUCGUCUGGAGCAUUGCGAGUGGGAAGAAAAUCUUCCACUUCGUAGGACACCAUCAAGCGGUGGAACACGUUGCAUAUGCGACCGACGGCACGCGCAUUGUGACUGCUUCUUGGGACAGCUCGGUGAAGUUCUGGGAUGCCAGAAGCGGAGCGCCGCUAUGUCACUUCCCUUUUCGACAACCGAUACACGAGCUCCUCUCCUCUCCAGAUGGUUCCCGACUCGCUGUGCGACUGGACAUGUCCGUGGCGUUGUUCGGCACAGCUUCCGGCGAGCCAAUAGUGCGGCUCGCGGUCUUCGAAUCCCCCAACCGCGCCAAGGCACAUGGCGUCGCGUUCUCACCAAGUGGCGAUCGUCUAGUCGUCUUGGCUGUCGACGAUGUUGGGAGCGGUGGGCGCAUAUACAACACUCGCGACUGUACGGUAGCUACGAAACUCGAACGAUUUGGCGAGCUGUUAUCUGCUGCCUUUUCACCCGACGGUGGUGAGCUUGUAACCGUUUCGCACCACAGCGCGGCCAUAAUUUGGGACGCACGAGAUGGUAAAAUGCUAAUCGAAUAUCCUAUCGGAUCUCCCGGAACUGCAGCAGCAUUUUCGUCGGACGGCUGCUUCAUAGCCGCCGCGGGCGGUGUCGAGGAAGAAGGGAACAUUAGAGCAUGGGACCGGGAGUCUGGACAGGUUAUGGCCGACUUUGGGUCUCCCGUAGCGGAUAUCCAUUAUGUUCGGUUCCUUCCUGAUAGUCAGCGGCUGCUCACUGUUUCCAAACAGCGAACAGCUUGCUUGUGGAGCGUCGGCGACACUUUGCGCAUACACUAGCACGCGGUAGACUACCGUCAGGCUGUCGUCAUCUCGCAGUUGUUGACCACAACCUCGAGAAUCAG